CAAUAUUAUACACUAAAACAUGUAUACAGUACAUGGACCUGUUUAUUCUGCGGUAUCCGAAACAAGCAUAUUCAACCAUGGAGGGAUUCAACUAGUCACGGAAUCAUGGAUUUCACUCCUCGUGUGGAAACAUACUCGGAAGAUGCUGCCCAUUUGGGGGAAAUGCUGGGCUUUUUCCGUAAGGAAUGCCUGGAUUAUUUGGAAGGUCGACGGGAGUUUUUGGAAGGGGGUUACGAUCCUGCCAAAGGGUGGGAACGAAGGCUGGACGACGGCAGGUAUUGUCUGACUCAGUUUCCGCACGGGCAUGCCGAUACCGUGGGUCUCCUCUACCCAGAGCGGCACCCGGCAGCAACUACUGGCGAUCGGCCCUCGUCACGGCCGGACAAGAAGCUCAACUUUGUUGGUUUUUUGGGGAGGCGUUCCGACCGUGCCCCGGAGCUGAUGUCGCGGGCAGACGAGAUCGUGGAAGGCCUGCAGGAGCUGAUGUGCGGGCAGCCCGACAUUCUGCUGUACGGGACCGGGGCCUGGUCGGCCGAGGAUCCUAACCACUACAACUUGGUUGUGAUCCGGAAUGAAGAGGCGGGGAAGACAUGGAAGGAGGGGGAGCUGCAUAGGCGGGAAGCGAUCAAUAACUUGAGUCCCAAGUACUACACCACUGUGCGCAUCCACACCGGUGUUCUACCCGACGGAUUGGACUCGAAGGAACUCCAGCUGAAACGGUCGGUCUUCCUCGACUACCGAGCGCAUCAGAAGGACCCCAGCGAACCAAUCCAACGAGAAGAGAAGUACUGGACAAGCUAAACGGGGAGCAGUCAACAGGGCAACUUUCAUAGAUAUGCUAAGCAUGGAUAUUGAGGUUUUGCGUCCACGUGACCUUAUCACGUGAACGGUGAAAGAUCCACCAUUUUUGACGUCUAGUGCGGACCAUUUUUGCUUAGCACAUAAAUCUUUUAAGCAAUAUUGUGUGCUUUGCAUCCCCAUGAUAGUUGGCCCUGAUGCAUUAUUGUUUCAAAUCCAGUAAUCGUUGAUGCUUUUUAAUAGCGAUUUUUGCGAAAAAAAAAUAAACUUCCACGUCGUUCGUAAUACAGCUGUAUUGGGGUGCCCAAUUUGAAAUUUAUGGAGUAUUUAAUAAGGAAUGUUUUAAUGAACUAUGAAAUAUUAAACUUGUCGAAAUGUUGUUGUCAA